AUGAAAAUAUUAUUUUUUAUUAUUUUAAUAAUAAAUUGUUAUUUAAUUCAAAAUUCAAAUAGUGAAAAUAUUAGACCAGUUGUAUUAUGGCAUGGGCUUGGUGAUUCAGGUUUAGAUCCACUUACAAUGGGUAAAUUAAAAGAAUUGAUAGAGAAUCAAUUACCUGGUGUUUAUGUUAAAAAUAUUGCAAUUGGUGAUAGUAUUGCAGAAGAUUCUUUUAAUUCUUUCUUUAAAAAUGUUAAUGAACAACUUGAAAUAGUUUGUAAAAUGUUAAAAGAAGAUACAAAUUUGACAUCUGGAUUUAAUGCUGUUGGUUUAUCACAAGGUGGUCAAUUUCUUAGAGGAUAUGUUGAACGUUGUAAUGAUCCACCAGUUUAUAAUUUAAUUUCAUUAGGUGGUCAACAUCAAGGUGUUAGUUCAUUACCAAGAUGUACUGCAUUAAAUUCAACAUUAUGUAAAAUAGCUGAUGAUUUGGUUGAAUUAGGUGUUUAUGAAAAAUAUGUUCAGAAUACUUUAGUACCUGGUGAAUAUUGGCAAGAUCCAUUUAAUUAUGAUGAAUAUGUUGAAAAAUCAGUAUUUUUAGCAGAUAUUAAUAAUGUUCGUUCUGAAAAGAAUCAAACAUAUAAGGAUAAUUUAUUAAGUGUAAAUAAUUUUAUAUUGGGUGAAUUUUUAGCAGAUACAAUUGUAGUUCCAAGAGAAUCUGAAUUAUUUGGUUAUUAUCAACCAGGUCAAGAUAAUAUUAUCUUACCAAUGGAAAAAACAGAUUUAUACAUUGAAGAUUGGAUUGGUAUUCAACAAUUAGAUAAUGAAGGUAGAUUAAUUAAAAUAUCAUGCCCUGGUAAUCAUUUACAAUUCACUGAUCAAUGGUUUAAUCAAAAUGUAAUCCCUUAUCUCAAUAAUCAAAUUAAUUAA